CCUCUAUUCUCAUUCGUCUCUUACAAAUCAUCUCUAUACAUUGAUCAUUUCGUAUUCUCAUAAACCUAGAAAACCAAACUCAUUUUAAUAGCCAUGGCAGAGGAAACCAAGAACGUUCACGAGCAUGAGGUGCCAAAGGUAGCCACCGAGGAAUCAUCAACGGCCACCGGCGAGGUUACAGACCGUGGACUGUUCGAUUUCUUGGGGAAGAAGAAAGAUGAGACGAAACCAGAGGAGACCAUCGACUCUGAGUUCGAGCAAAAGGUUCACAUCUCAGAGCCGGUGCCUGAGGUUAAACACGAGGAAGAAAAAGAAGAGAAGAAGCAUAGUCUCCUCGAGAAGCUUCACCGUAGCGACAGCUCUUCUAGCUCCUCAAGCGAGGAAGAAGGUGAAGAUGGUGUGAAGAGGAAGAAGAAGAAGGACAAGAAGAAGGUAACUACUACUGAAGGAGAGGUGAAGACAGAGGAGGAGAAGAAAGGGUUUAUGGAUAAGCUGAAGGAGAAGCUUCCAGGACACGGGAAGAAGCCUGAAGAGGCUUCACCCGCACCGGUUGUUGCUCCUCCGGUGGAGGAAGCGCAUCCGACGGAGAAGAAGGGUAUUCUGGAGAAGAUUAAGGAGAAGCUUCCAGGGUACCAUCCCAAGACCGUAGAGGAGGAGAAGAAGGAUAAGGAUGAUAAUUAAAGAUAUGAAUAAUGAUGACGAUGUGUUCUUUUGUGUUAUGAUCAUCUUUUGCUUUUGUGCUGUUGAAGUUUGUUGGCUGUUUAUUUUCUUUGUUGAUUUCAGCUUUCCUUGUUAUGUGUUGUAUAUGAUUUUCAAGGUGUUUUAAUGGUAUGAUUAUUUUCAUUUUUCACA